AUGUCGUCAGCUACCACAUCAUCAUACUCAUCGAGUUACAAUAAUAACGCGUCAACUACAAAAGUUGAGAAAAAGGGCAACGUUGCUAGUUUCAAGACUACCCCAGAUGGGUACAAGACCAACUUGACUGCCAUUGACACCUAUGGUAACACCUUUCAAGUGCCAGAUUACUCAAUCAAGGAUAUUUUGUCUGCCAUUCCCUCCCAUUGUUAUGAACGUAGAUUGUUGGAGUCAUUCUACUACGUGUUUAGAGACAUUUCCAUGAUGGUUACUUUGGGAUACAUUGCCAACAACUACAUUGAAUUAAUUCCAAACCAAUAUGCUAGAUUUUCUGCUUGGGCUGGAUACGUUUGGUGCCAAGGUUUAAUUGGUACUGGUAUUUGGGUUCUUGCCCAUGAGUGUGGUCAUCAAGCAUUCAGUGAUUAUGGUUGGGUCAACGACUUGACUGGUUGGAUUUUGCACUCGUACUUGUUGGUCCCAUACUUUUCAUGGAAGUUUAGUCAUAGUAAGCACCACAAAGCUACUGGUCAUUUGACCAGAGAUAUGGUUUUCAUUCCAAAAACUAAAAACGAAUUUUUACAAAGCCGUGGAGUCGAAGAUUUGGAUGAUUUGUUGGGUGAUUCGCCACUUUUCUCCUUAUUGCAGAUGCUUUUCCAACAAACUUUUGGAUGGAUUGCUUAUCUUUUCGCCAAUGUUAGUGGACCAAAAUUCCCUGGUGCUUCUUGGAUGCAAGUCAACCAUUUUAACCCAAGCUCAUUGCUCUUUGAUAAGAAGGACUACUACUACAUUUUAUUAUCCGACGUUGGUAUCUUGAUUCAAUGCACUGUGCUCUACAUGUGGUAUAAGAACUUUGGUGGUUUCAACUUUAUGGUCAACUACUUCCUUCCAUACCUUUUUGUCAACCAUUGGUUAGUCUUUAUUACUUAUUUGCAACACUCAGACCCACAAAUGCCACACUAUGAAGCUCACCAAUGGACCUUUGCCCGUGGUGCUGCUGCUACUAUUGAUCGUGAAUUUGGCUUUGUUGGUAAACACAUUUUCCAUGACAUUAUUGAAACACAUGUUUUGCACCAUUACGUUUCGAGAAUUCCAUUUUACAAUGCCAGGGAAGCCAGUGAAGCUAUCAAGAAGGUAAUGGGCACCCACUACCAACACUCAGACGAAAAUAUGUGGAAGAGUUUAUGGAAAUCGGCUAGAAUGUGCCAAUUCGUUGAUGGUAAAGACGGUGUCAUGAUGUAUAGAAAUACCAACGGUUUCGGAGUCGACCCAAGAAAAGAGAAAUAG